UAGAAUGGUGUGAAGGUCUGUGCUAUCAGUUAAAUGACUGUCCUUAAUUCUUUAUUUUGUAACUUUCAGGUAUAUAAAUAGUUAAAUUGACUGUUGUUUUGAUAAUAGUGUUUUAGUUAGCUUCACGAUGUGUAAUUGGGUGUUGGGUUGUGCUUUCUUCGGGUUGGUUGUAUCAACGCCAACACCCAGCAUCGAAAAUGUGAAAAUAGUGGGCGGCGAUGACAUCGACAUCAGUGAGGCCCCGUUCCAGGUGUCCAUGGUCUACAGAGGCCGCCACUCCUGCGGGGGAUCCAUCAUAUCAGAGGACAUGAUACUGACGGCAGCACAUUGCGUUAUUGGGAGUUCUCCAAACGACUAUCAUGUACGCGUAGGCUCAUCAUCAAACAAAGAAGGAGGUCUGUUGGUCCCAGUAGCAGAUCUCAUAUACCACCCCAACUUCUCUUUCAACAAGAUGGACAACGACAUUGCACUGCUGAGACUCAGCUCUCCAUUGGAGUUUAGUGAUACUGUGAAGUCCAUAGAGAUGAUGGGAGACGGAGAAGAGGUUGAUGAUGGAGCUAUCACUGAAGUCAGUGGUUGGGGAAAUACAAAGGAAGGAGGCGGUUCGACGUCCACCCUCCAAAAGGUAUUGGUGCCGGUAGUGAACGAGCAAGACUGCCGCUCAGCGUACUCACCAUUGUAUGCAAUCACGCCGAGGAUGCUAUGCGCUGGAGUACCUGCCGGUGGGAAGGAUGCUUGCCAGGGUGACAGCGGUGGUCCUCUAGUCCACGACGGAAAGCUGGCUGGUGUUGUCUCCUGGGGCAUCGGGUGCGCCCGGCCCACGUACCCCGGAGUGUACGCCAAGGUGUCAGCUCUCAGGACCUGGGUAGAUGACAACAUCAUUUUCCUGAGGAUCAAGUCAUGGCUGCGUUAUUAAUCGCAUACAAUCGCAUUUUCA